AUGCAUAAUCGAAUCCGACUGAAUAUCCUGACUCAAAAACUUCUAGAAUUACAGAAAAACACAUCCAAUUUCCCAGUUAUUCCUCACGAUUCAUACACAGGUUUUAGUUUUACACACGUACGCUACAAGUCGAAAUACAACAAAGGGAAAAAGAACAGAAUCCGUGAUAGAUCAGGGACUACCGGUGUUGUUUGGAGGAGGAAGAGAUUCACCUCCGCCGGGGUCUCCAUCGCCGCCGGCGGUGUCGUUGUUGUUGUUGUCAGUGGUGGUGAUAGGGUUGUUCCUGAUGAAACCAAGGGUUUCCACUGUUUUGAUGGCGAUUGA